AUGAACUCCCUUUUCAAUUCCGCCCUCAAACAAUCAUCCGCUCUACGAAAGGAUCUAGACGCCUUUGCCGAAUCACCUGCUACAGCAUCACCCGCCCUACAAGGCCAAAUCUCCACAACCCUCACCUCCUUCCAUCGAACUCUAGACUCCUAUUCCGCUCUCUCCCGUCAAGAACCUAAUCCUGAAAAGGCCGCCAAAGCCACCGAACGGCUCAAAAACUUCCGCGCAGACCUCAUAUCUUACCGCGCGCAGUUCGACGCACUGAAGCGAGAUCGCGAAGAUGCUGUCACGGUGAACAACCGGAAUGAGCUGUUAGGCCGGAGACCCCAUCACGGCGGGUCCAUGACGCCGGAGAACCCUUAUGCGCAGCCUUCUUCGUCGCGCUCUGCUUCGGGACUUCAGCGUGGUGGUGGUGGUGGUGGUGGUCAGAAUCCACUGUUUGUGGGGAAGCAGCAAGACGAUAGAGGAGGAGGGCUGUCUUUUGGUAGUAAUGACCAAAGCCGCGAGUCUCACGCUCUACGUGAACGGUCAUUUUUUACACAAACAAACUCGCAACUAGAUGAGUUUCUGGAUCGAGGGCGCGCGGUGUUGGGGGAUCUGGGUCAGCAGCGCGAGAUGUUGAAGGGGACGCAGAGGAGACUGUAUAGUGUGGCCAAUACGCUCGGGGUCAGUGGAGACACAAUCCGAAUGGUUGAGAGGAGGGCAAAGCAGGAUAAAUGGAUCUUUUGGGGUGGGGUGGUGGUUUUCGUUGGGUUCUGUUGGCUGGCCAUCCAUUUCCUCAGAUAA